ACAGAUGGGUGGCGUUGCGUCAUCCAACAGCGACGGAAGUGCGGCACUGAGGGAGCGGGGUGUGAGCUGCGCUCCGGAGCCCGGCGCGGGGUCCGCCCCGCCAUGUCCCGCCAGCUCAUCGGCCCCGCGCUGCCGCCCGGCUUCCCGCGCUGCGCCCCGCCGGACCCGGAGGAGGACUGCGGCCAGGUUGCAGGACCAGCAUUGCCUCCAGGCUAUAAAAGCAGCUGUAGCUCAGAAACCUCUGAUAGCGAUGACAACUUGGAAUCUCUGCCUUUACCCAGAGAUACAAAUGGAGAUUCUGAAGAGGAGACAGGAGGAGGUCCAGCACCCAAAAAGCCAAAAAAUGUUCAAGAAGACGAUGAUGAUGAUGAUGGCUUUUUUGGGCCUGCUCUUCCUCCUGGCUUUAAAAAACAGGAUGAUUCUCCAGGGAGGCCCAUUAUAGGUCCUGCAUUACCACCUGGCUUUAGGAAACCUUCUCAGGACACUGACAACAGUAGAUGUUCUAUAGGACCAUCUGCUUCAUCAGAAUUCCAUACCCAGGUAACAGAUAGUAGUGAGGAAGAAGACAAUCUUAUAGGCCCAAUGCCUGCAAAAGGACCAGUGGAGUCUGAUGUGGCUAAAGAAUUUGAACGAAGAGCUCAGAAAAUGAAGGAAAAACUUACUUCAGCAGACAGUAAUGAACCCAAGCAAGUUACCAGGGAAUCAUGGAUGACAGAACUUCCACCUGAAUUGAAAAGCUUUGGAUUUGGCCCAAGAACAUUCAAGAGAAGAGCUGAUGACAAAUCAGGUGAUAGAUCUAUUUGGACAGAUACUCCAGCUGACAGAGAGAGAAAAGCCAAGGAAAGAGAAGAGGCAAGAAAGUCAACCAGUAAGGACAAUGAAGAAACUGUAUUAUCUGGGAGAGACAAGAGAUUUGUUGAGCAGGUGACUUCAUACAAUGAGUCAAGGAGGUCAGAAUCUCUCAUGGACAUCCAUCAGAAAAAGCUAAAGAGCAAAACAUCUGAAGAAAAGAACAAACCUCAAGAAAGAAGGCCGUUUGAUCGAGACCAGGAUCUCAAAGUCAAUCGGUUUGACGAAGCACAAAAGAAAGCUCUCUUAAGAAAAUCCAGAGAUCUGAAUACUAAAUUUGAGCACAGUAAAGGCAACAUGUUUUUAUAACAUAAAAGCGUGAAGCUUUUUUGAAUACUUAAUUUUUUAAGUAUUUUUCUGUAAAUAUUUGUAUGCAAAAUAAAUAUCCUGAUGUUUAACUAUUUUUCCUUGUCUGUAAAUAGUGUUAGGGACAAUCCUCCUUACUAAAACUAAACUGGUAAAGGAAAGUCCUGAUUUAAAAAAAGAUAAUGUUGUAAAUUUGUGACUCUAAAACGUUGUGGGUUUUUUUUUUUGUUAGCACAUGAAUAAUUAAUUAAAAUAGGUAUUAUUUUAAGGAGCUCUGGAUUUGGUCUUGCAAUGGAGUUGGUGGUUUCCCCCUUUCUCCCCCAUCCUUAAGGUUCUCUUGCUGAGCCUGACCUGAGGGCCAAGGAAAAAUCCCCUUUGGGCUCCUGGGCAGGAUGCUGCUUGACUGCAGUUCCUGCUGGGGAGUAUAAACUCAAAUGGCAGCUUUUUAUGUCUGCCCAGUGCUUUUAUUUCUAUGAUACUGUGUCUGUACGUAAAUACAGGUUUAUAUGUAUGCAAUAUAAUUUCUGUAUGAUAGCAGGAAGAACGAGUGGUAGCAGAAGUAAUAAAACCUCAAGAUUUGCAGAUUUAAUUAUAAAAUGGUAGCAUACAAGAAGGGAAAAUCUAAUUUUGAGCUUCAAUUUGCAGGGCUUAUCAUCAGAAAAUCCAUCUUCUUUAAGCCAAUACAGUGUGAAAACCAAAGCAAAGUUAAGCUUAUUUUGUCAGUUAAUUUGCAGAGCAAAACAGCUCAUUGGUAUCAAAAAGGAAACAAAUCUGACACUUAAAAAAAAUCUACAUCCAUGCUUAGAGCUCUUUCGCUCUUCUAUCUGUGUGCAGAGAAGCUGAAGGGAGAGUUGUGUUACUUAUUUAAAAUUAGCCUUGUACUUUCAUCCUUUUUCUCUCAAGUGAUGUUUGGGAUCCUUUUUAAGGAGGUACUGAAAGAACCUAUAUAUGAAAACAACUUUAUACAUGAGAUGCUGGCAACUUAUUUGAAGUGUGAAACAUUUUGUAUAUUAAAUACCAUGGCAUUCACUGUAAUUUGAAAAAAGCUUCUGUGACAGACGGUCUCUGGGUUGGUUCAUGUUAAAGGAGCCAUGACCCAACAAGCCCCAGAAACAAACGGCUAAAAACUUGCUCUUGUUUCAUUGCACGUGUGCAUGAGGCCAAGGCACGGCCUCCCCAUACUAAGAAGUCCUGGAGAAAUCUAAGUGUUGCAAAUGAAAUGCUGGCGUACAAUAAAUUUAGGUACUGCCUUUUUUCUUUUAGUAGACAAUUCAUUUUGCCUUCUGAAAAAUCUGUUACCUUCAGGAGCAAGAGGGACUAGUUUUAUGUUGUGUUUGGGUUUUCUUUAAUCAGUUUUGAGUUUCUGAGUCUUUUUGUUUUGAGGCGAGAUAAACAAGGUCCGUUUAUUUUUCCUUCCCUAGCACAGACUUCUAGUGCCUGGUGCUUUUUUUGCCUCAGCGAGCGAGGCCUCACCAGGUUUCUUCCUUCUGAGUUGUCUCCUUUCCCUUUUUUGAGGAUCUCCUCUGCAGCUGCGUGUUAAAUUACAUUUUCUGAAUUACUAAAGAGAUGUUGAUUUCUUACUGGGGAAAGGCAGUAUUUGGAAUAUUUGGGUGUUUUGGGUUUUUUUAAGGCAACUAUAGCAAUGACAGUGCAAGCAUUGCGUGAGUAGCUAAAUCGCCAUGGUUGACAAAAAAUGAACCUCAUGUCCACUUUUUGGAAACCUUGCUGCCUUGAGAAAUCAGUUUAUUAUCAGGUGUUGCCUUAUGCUGUAGGAGCCGUUCUUGUGAGUGCGUUGUGUAGUCCCCACUCAUGCAGACGUGUCUGUAGCAGGGACAAGGGCUGCUUCUAUUAAGAUUUUAUCGUUAUUAUGCACUUUGUUUUCAUUUUUGUCUUUCGAUCCCUCCUCCUCCAACCUGAAGACCAGUCACAAGAUGUGGCAGAUGGCCAGAUGUUGCCAUCCAGCUGUAUCCCUGCUGUUUGCUUGCCACCCUCUCUGGCCCCAUCCCAGUCUCCUGCCCUCUCCAAGCAUGUGUUUGAGCGAGGAUCCAUGGAGUUGCCCAAGAGGAAAGGUCUUGUAAUGGGAGCAUGGGCAGCCCCUUCGUGGUCCCACAGCGGUAUGUUACACCUCUGCAAGUGGGACAUGUGGGCCUAAUUAGCAAAGCCUUGAUGGGAGUUGGGAAAGUGUUUUCUCUUAUCUGCUUAAUAUUUUUUUUCCACUCUGAAGCAGCUUCUCAAAGACUCAAUGUAAUCCAUGUUAUGAACUUGAGAUGAGAGGAAAGGGGAAUUGCUGAGAGUUCAAAUUAAACUUUCCAUUGCUUUGUGAAAACGGAAUGAACUUUUGAAUUGCAUUAAUACACAAACCAAUCUCUUACCAAUGGCAAACUGUUCCCUUGAACAGCCAUUACAACAAGCAGUAACUCAGUAAAUUAUAAUAUGAGCUCUGUAAGCUUUUGUGGGAAAAGAUGAGCUGUCCUCUACAAUUUGGACAAGCUGUAAAGCAUUUCUGCAGAAAUGCUAGCGAGUGAUUUUUUUCAGAAUCUCAUUUGAAAAACCAGAAUUUAUUUCACAGAAAAUCCUUGCCGUAAUUACUAUGUAACGUUUCUGGUAACCAGCUCCCAGUGCAGAUUGAAUGGAUUCUAUUGCUGUUCUGCACUGCCAGCCUGCACCGCAGCGUAACAACUUGAGGCACAUCGGGAAACUCUGUCUUGUAAAAAUAUGUCAGGGAAGUUUUCCUGGAUGUGAAAAGCCUAUCAGCCUAGAUUUUUAAGUGCUUGCCUUUGUUUUGUGCUGGCGUAGACAUCCUUUAUUAAUACUGAUGUUAAAAAUUUCUGCACAAGAGUAGGGUCCCCUCCUUCUAAAAUGUCAAAUAGGUGUGGAAUUCAUAGUGGAAUCGAUCAAGGCUUUCGUGGUGGGCAUAAACUGGAUAUUUAAGAUGUAUUUUAAGGAGUAUUAAAAGUUAAUAACAAAAAAAAAACCCACCCCGUUGAGUCUGCUGUUGCCAAGUAACCAUUAAAAGCAAUAAAGACAUUUCAAGAAAACUUGCUGAUUUCUAUGCAUAUAUCUUCAGGACAGAAUACUGAGCUACCAUGGCGUUUGAUCUGCAAAAUUUUGUCAGAUUAUUGGAUAGCAAUACUGUCACCUGAGGAAAAUCUCUGCUCUUCUGAUUUUAACACCUAUUUAUGGAGAAUUACUUUUCACUUAUUGCUAUUACAGCCAGUGGAUGCACUGGGCAUGUUGGCUUUUCUGGAUGAAGUGCAUUUCCCAAAAAUGAACAGCAAUAGAAAUGCAUUUUAUUUAGGGCUUUGAUGGUGUCAUAUUGAUAGCAUAAAAGUAGCAUUGCUGAAAUAGCUUUCUUCUCAAAAGAAACACUGAGAUGAAACAUUGAUAUGUUUCUGUCCAGUAGGAAAGGCUUUUUUUUCCACGUAAGUUUCAAAAUGCUCCAGACGGCUUCAGGAGUCCAGGGGCUACUCCUGCUUGGGGACUUGUUUCUGAAAUGUAAACGUUAUUUCUGUCCUGCCAAUUGUAAUUUGUAUGUUGAUUUAAGAGUAAUAUAGCAUUAAAAAAAUUAAAAAUCAGAAUCUGUGAAAACUAUCUGUAUGUGCAUCCUUAACUUCAGCCACGCCACCUGCAUAGAGCGCAUAGAGUUUCUCAUUGCAGGAUUGCCUAAUUCUCAAAUAAAAUGCAUUGUGAUUUUUUAUCCUUA